AUGGUGCCUAUUAAAAAAGUCAUUGACUCGUUCGAAGAAUGGACGACGGGCCAGGCCGAUCGUAUCUGCGUCAAUAGCCAAUACACUGCCGGAAUCGUCCGGCAGACGUUUCCGUCGCUGAAAGACCGCCACCUCGACGUCAUCUACCCAUCGCUGAACACAGACCUUCUCAGCAAGCUCGAGCCUAGCCCUGUCGACCAGUUCCCAGAAGCCGAGCACGUGUUCCUGUCGCUGAACCGCUACGAGCGCAAGAAAAAUGUGGCGCUGGCGAUUCGAGCAUACGCGAAGCUCCAAUACGAGCUCUCUCCGGCCAUGUUCGAGCAGACAGCCCUCAUCAUCGCCGGUGGAUACGACCAGCAAAACGUGGAGAAUCAGGCGCAUUACGUCGAGCUGGUCGAGCUGGCCGCGGAGCUGAAAAUCCCCACAGGAAAAGUGGUGUUCCUGAAGUCUCCUAAUGACGCCGAGAAGCUGUACCUUCUAAAACAAUGCGCAGCCGUCGUCUACACUCCGGAAAACGAGCACUUUGGCAUCGUGCCCGUCGAGGCCAUGUUUUUCGGGAAACCGGUGAUUGCGUGUAAUAGUGGAGGUCCGAAAGAAUCGAUCGACGACACGAAAACCGGGUUCCUGCUCGAGCAGUCGCCCGCCGAUUUUGCGUCGGCGAUGAAGACGGUGGCCAUCGAUAGACGGAUCCGAGAAAUAGCUGCAAAAGAAGGGCCCGAACGAGUCAAGAAGCACUUCUCCUUCGCCGCCUUCGCCACCCGUUUCGACCGGUUCAUUCGCGGCGAAAAGCUG